CACUGCACCACGCCAUGGCUUCCUCUGCACAACCUUCAAAGCGAAGACGAAAGAACCAUAGCGGCAACGACAAUGAUUCUGCUGAGGUUGAAACGUCACUCGAGAAGUUAGCCCCUGUCGUUGUCUUCGCUCAUGGCGCUGGUGCCCCUUCCUCCUCUGAUUGGAUGAUUAGGUGGAAGGAAAUGUUGAAGAAGGCAUUAGGUGCUGUUGAAGUGGUCACAUUUGAUUAUCCUUUUGGCAAAUUGAUGAAUGUUGGGGCAGAUAUUUCUGGUGGAAAGAGGAAAGCUCCUCCAAAAGCAGAAAAGCUGGUUGAGUUUCACUCAAAUAUUGUGAAAGAGACUGUUGCUAAGUACCCUGGCCAUCCUCUGAUAUUGGCAGGGAAAUCUAUGGGUUCAAGAGUCAGCUGUAUGGUAGCUGCUGAGCCAGUCAUUGAUGUUUCAGCAGUAGUCUGCUUAGGAUACCCCCUGAAGGGAAUGAAUGGCACCAUACGAGAUGAGAUAUUGUUGCAACUUACAGCCCCUGUAAUGUUUGUACAGGGUAGCAAAGAUGGACUAUGUCCCCUUGACAAGUUGGAAGGUGUACGCAAGAAGAUUAAAUCCCAUAAUGAGUUGCAUGUGGUGGAUGGUGGUGACCACUCAUUCAAGAUUGGAAAAAAGCACCUUCAAAUGAAAGGUUCAACUCAAGAUGAAGCGGACCGUCUUGCUGUAGAGGCCAUUGCAAAGUUUCUCUCCAUAUGUCUUGGAGAAAGGUUUUCCACAGGGUGCAUGAACUGAUGGAUGUUUGUUGGCCGUGUGAACUGGGGGCUGUUCAUCACAUUGCUUGACCACAUGGUUGUUGCCAGUGUGGUUCCCAUGCUUGUUGGCUAAGCCUUGAUGGUGGUGACUG